AUGAGUCAUAAUAUAUUAAAUUUAGUUGUUGAUGGAGACAAUGUUUAUUGUCGCCAGCACCAUCUCGAAACGUGUAAAGAUUGUAAAUAUGAUUUCAAACAAUUAAACACCUUACAUAAAAAUUUACGAUCAAUAAACGGUGAAAUUCCACCACCAAAUCAUAUUAAUCAAAACCUUUCAAAACAAAUCGUUAAAUUGAAAGAAGAUGGGAAUAACCAUUUUAAAACACAAAAUUAUAAUGAUGCUAUAAAGUUAUAUGGUUUAGCCAUUGAUAUGGCAUUUCAAAGACAGUUUUGGGAACCACAUGAGUUAACUGAACAAGAAGUUUCAGUCUGUCUGAGUAAUAGAAGUGCUGCUUAUAUUAGUUUAGAACAAUGGGUUAAUGCUUAUGCUGAUGCUGAAUGGUGUAUUAAGAUUAAACCAGAUUUUUCUAAAGGUUAUUUUAGAAAAGGCAAAGCUUUGAUGGGUUUGAAAAGGUAUGAAGAAGCUGUACAUGCUUUUGAGAUUGGAUUGGAAUUUGAACCAACCAAUGAUAGUUUGAUUAAUGCACUUGAAGAAGCUAGAAAACUUGCUGGCAAUACAGAUUUAGAAUGA